AUGUCCUCGAGCAAUUUUGAUUCUCAGGACUUAUCCAUCAAAGAUCAGUACCGACGACUUGGCAGAGCCAUCAAAGCCGAUAGUCGAUUCUGUUGGUGGACAGGCUACUGUCUACUUUUGGUUUUUGGAUGGGGCUAUGACAAUGGUCUAUCUGGCGUAGCUAUCGCAUUUCCGGCAUUCCGAGAGAGUUAUGGUCAUUACUAUCCCGAAGCAACGACUUCUGGAGAAGAGUAUGUCAUUCCAGCCCUCUGGCAAUCUCUCUGGAAUGCAGCAUCGACUAUUGGACAGGUCUUUGGUGGAUACGCAGCAGGCCAAUUCGCAGAUACAUUCGGACGCAAAGCCAUUCUGUACCUUGCUGUUUUCCUCUCUUUGGCAUCCAGCUUCGCCUUGGUGUUUGCACCGAAUCUCCCAAUUCUCUUCGUGUCGAAGCUGCUUCUUGGCCUUUCCAUUGGUCUAUCAACCGCAACCCCACCUCUUUACGUGACGGAAAACGCGCCCGCCCAUCUGAGGUCUACUGUGGCGUCACUGACGAACGUCAUCAUCGUUCUUGGCUUCUUCAUGUCGUCGAUCACUGGCUUUGGCUCGUCUCAUAUCCAGGGUGUAUGGUCAUACCGCCUGGCCUUCGUUCUAACUUUUCUGAUUCCUGGUAUCUACCUCAUCGGACUGCCAUUUUUCCCUGAAUCUCCCGUUUGGUAUAUGAAGAAAGACCGCGAAGAGGACGCCCGCAAAGCGCUCGUGAAGCUGUAUGGUUCAAAAGUCGACAUUGAAGGGCGUCUACAAAUGAUCCGCGACGAGCUGAAGCAGAAUGAAGCACCAACGGAUGGUAUCUCUCAGACUAGCUGGAAGGCAAUCUUUUCUAGGGAGAACCGUAUCCGUACCUUCGUUGCAGUCCUCGGUCUUCAAGUCCAGAACUUCUCCGGUGGAUACUUUGCAAACACGUAUCAAACAUACUAUUUUGGUUUGAUUGGGGCCAAGGAUCCCUUCCAACUCACAGCCAUCUCCUCAACCCUCCAGUUUGUGGCCAAUUGUGCAGCAGUCGUUGUUGCAGAUGUCGUUCCGCGCCGAAAAGGCCUUAUCGGAGGUGGCACAAUUCUCCUAUUCUGGUCAGUCAUCAUUGCCGGUACUUCUUUGGCACCAAAAGACAACCAUGUCGCAAACGUGGUGAAUCUCGCUUUCAUGAUUACCUGGUCCAUGGGAUACACUGCGACAGUUGGAUGUUACGGAUGGGCGGUUGCCGCCGAGACCUCGUCACAAGCCACGAGACCGAAGACAAUCUCAUUUGUCCUUGUCUGUCAACAACUCACAGCGCUUCUACUUUCCAGCGUCUUUCCCUUCUUCAUCAAUCCUGACCAGCUGAAUUGGGGUGGCAAGGUCAUGUUCCUUUUUGUAGGCGCUGAGAUCUUCAUCCUUGCUGCACUAUUCUGGUUCCAAGGCGAGACCAAAAAUCGUACGAAUACUGAGAUGGAUGCACUCUAUGCCUCUGGCGUCCCGAAGUGGCGAUUCACGCAGUAUAGAGUAGUUGACAGUCAUGUUGAGUUGAAGGAGAAGACCAAGGGGAGUCUGGUUGGCCGGAUGCUCCGCAAGGCAUAG